CCGGGGCGGGGCGGGGCUGCCAAGAUGGCGUACCAGACGUUCCGGCAGGAGUACCUGCAGGUGCCGCCCGUGACCCGGGCCUACACCACCGCCUGCGUCCUCACCACCGCCGCCGUGCAAUUAGAACUUAUCACGCCCUUCCAGCUGUAUUUCAACCCUGAGUUAAUAUUUAAGCACUUUCAAAUAUGGAGGUUAAUCACAAACUACUUGUUCUUUGGACCAGUUGGCUUUAAUUUUUUAUUUAACAUGAUCUUUUUAUACCGCUACUGCCGCAUGCUCGAGGAAGGCUCUUUCCGGGGUCGCACGGCAGAUUUUGUAUUUAUGUUCCUUUUUGGAGGACUUUUAAUGACUCUUUUUGGGCUGUUUGUGAACCUGGUGUUCCUGGGGCAGGCGUUCACCAUCAUGCUGGUGUACGUGUGGAGCCGCAGGAACCCCUACGUCCGCAUGAACUUCUUUGGGCUCCUCAUCUUCCAAGCCCCUUUCCUGCCCUGGGUACUGAUGGGCUUUUCUCUGCUCUUGGGGAACUCCAUCAUUGUGGAUCUCCUGGGUAUUGCUGUUGGGCAUAUAUAUUUUUUCUUAGAGGAUGUCUUUCCCAAUCAGCCUGGUGGUGGGAGGCUCCUGAGAACGCCGUCUGUCCUGAAAGCAAUAUUUGACACCCCAGAGGAUGACCCCAACUACAACCCCUUGCCCGAGGAGCGGCCGGGGGGCUUUGCCUGGGGAGAGGGGCAGCGCCUCGGGGGUUAACCAGGGCCGUGGGGGCUCCUCCCCAGCACACAGAGGACUCUGACAGCCCUAUGGUUUGGAACACAAGCACUUUAUGAAAUGCAGUCUCACCUGAGGCACUCCCAGCACCCUUCCCAAUCAGGGAAUUCAUUGUGCUGGACAUCAUCUGAAUCCAGUGGAGCCAAAAAUGUAAAACUGGAAACUGUUUCCUGUUAACUUCAGUUAACAAGGCCACACAAGUACUUGUUUAAAGUGAUUUCUAAAGCAUUUUUUCAAGUUAUUUGAUACAUGAAACUCUAUGGGAAACUUUAUAGAGGACAAACCCAACUUUUUGGGAUUUAAUUCAUUUUUUUAUUCUUGGAUAAAACAACUGCAAGAUGAUUGAAAGGCUAAGUCACUAUUUCAAUGGCAAAAGGUUGUUUAAUCUGAGGUGCUGCUGUCUCCAGUCAUCUUUGAACUGCAGGGAACACAACAUGCAACUUUUCACUCUGCCAGUUGGAUUUUUGGGAUGUUCUGCAGGCUGAGGCUACAUUUUGGUGGUUUUUUCCCCCAAAGACUGUGUGUUCAGGUGCCCACAGUGGUGGUUAAACAGCUGUGCCUGCAAAAUCCAUCCCCAUGUGCCCUCUACUGAUACUGGAUGACCUGCAGCUCUAGAGAAGGAAAUUUGUCUGGACUCAAAAAAUGAUGAUGAGUUGAAUAAAAUGUCUUGUGGAUCCUUUUUGUUUAAUCCUCUAUAUCAUCCUCUAGUGUUGAGGCAGCAGGGGCUGGAAAAAGCAAAUCCUUGAAGAGACAGAGAUACCUGCAGCUUUUCCCACAAGUGUCUUAGAAGUGCAGGACACAGCGUUGUCUGCUCAGGUUGUGAAAUCUGUGGUCUGUGGAUGGAGUUUGUUGUGUCCAGCACAGGCCAGUGAGGCUGAGUGGCAUUUAGCUUAAAGCUGCAUUGAUUAUAAAUAUCUCUGAGCAGCCACAUAGGAAUUUGGAGCUCAGUUCAGCUCAUCAUGGUCAGUUGUUCUUAAAUCACCAUAGAAAGUAUCAGGUGGGGUUUUAUUGAUUAUAUCAUAAUGGAUUAAAGUUAAAGCUGCAUCUUCAUUCUGC